UUGACUGUCAUUUCGGAACCUGCAUUUCUGGGAUGGCCGAUCGAGGGAAAUAGGCCAAUUUCCGAAAAAAAUAUUAAUAAAGUAAGGAAAUGGCGGCUGCAGUUGCUGACAACAUAGAAUUUACUACUUGGUUGGAUAAAAAGUUACAGGAACUCAACACCGACGAAGAAGUUUUUGGUUCUUAUAUUCAAGGUAUUUUAGACAGUGAUGAAACUUCUGAUGAAAAAUCAGAAGCCCUUCAGGGUAUACUUGCCGAAAUUGUGGAAAAUGGUUCAGAUAUAACAAAAAUAUGUGAUGAGAUCUUGGAACAAUGGCAGCUCUUAAAACCCAAGGAAUCUCCUUCCUCCACUCAAUGUGCAGAUGUAGACCUCAAUGAAAAGUUGGCAAAAUUGCUUGAAUCUCAGUCUCUAGCAACCACCAAGCAAAAAAAGUAUACUGAGGAAGAAAAGAAAAUUAGGGAAGCCAUACUCGCUCAGUAUAGUCAAAUGACAGAUUCUGAAGAAGAUGAAGAAGAGGGUGCUACAGCUGACCCAAAACCAAAAGAGACCCUAGAAAAAAAUAUAAAUGCUCAACUUGUUCAAGAAGCAGAAAAGCAAAAGAGAGAACAAUCGCGUCUAGACAGUCAAAAAAAGAAGGAAAAGGAUAAAGAAGAUAGAGAGAAACAAAAACAAUUGAGGGAAGAAAAGAAAGAGAAACGUAAGACACAAAAGGGAGAAAGAAAAAGAUAGCAGGAUUAAUAUUAAAUUUUAAAUAUUUUCAUUUAUUCAUGUACAUCACUUCAUGAAACUUCGUCUUCUAAAGCCGCUAACAAUAACUAUUGUAUUUAUUAGGUAAUUUUUUGUUCCCUCGCUUAGACUAAAACAUUUAACCUUUAAAAGUAUUUUUAUUA